AUGGCUUCGGAGACCGCUGUCCUUGCCGUCUUCCUCUUCACCUUCCUAACUGGGGUUCCGUCCAACCUCCUGGCCUUCUACACAUUCCUGGUGAAGCUGCGCCACAAGCCAACCCCCAUAGACAUCCUGUUACUCAACUUGACCAUUUCUGAUAUUAUCCUUCUGCUUUUCCUGCCCCUCAAGAUGGUGGAGGUCUCUUCCCACAUGAACUGGGCCCUCCCUCCUUCCCUCUGCCCUCUCACCAGCUGCUGCUUCUAUGGAAGCAUGUACCUCAGCAUCCUUUUCCUCACAUCAAUCAGCGUGGAUCGCUACCUGAGUGUCAUCUUUCCCAUCAAAUACAAGUUGCAUCGCAGGCCUGUCUAUGCUCUGGUGGCCUGCAUCUUUUUCUGGUUGCUGGCUGGCUCCCACUGCAGCAUUAUCUACACUUCAAGAUAUGGAGGUUGGAAUGAGAGCCUUCCGUAUUCUCCUAAUACCUCCCGUUGCUAUGAGAAUUUCUCAUCCGAGCAGCUCCGUGUCGUCUUCCCUCUCCGACUGGAGCUCAGCCUCAUCUUCUUCUGCAUCCCUUUCAUCAUCACCCUCUUCUGCUAUGUGAACAUUAUUCGCCUCCUGAGCUCCCUUUCCAAUGUCCAGGCUGGUAAGAAGCGACGGGCGGUGGGCCUGGCCGUGGCAACGUUGCUCAAUUUCACCAUCUGUUUCACCCCAUACAACAUUUCCCACAUGGUGGGCUUCAUCCAGAACCAGAGUCCACCUUGGAGAGUGGAAGGUUUCCUCCUCAGCACACUUAAUACCUCUGUGGAUCCUGUCAUCUUCUUUUUCUCUUCCAAGGCCAUCCGACAUACCUUUAAUGAAUGUUGGGGUGGCAUGUUCCACAAGCUCCGGACUGUGGUCCUCUGCUGUAAACAUCCUACAGAUAAUGAUGAAGGAGAAUGUAAGCAGACAGACCUCUCCUACCACUAA